AUGUCAACAAUUCGAUCUCGCAGGCGGACUUUACAGUUGUCGGUGGAAGAAAUAAGGCGUGAACAGAAGCUGAAAUUGGACGCAGUUGAACUGAGCCAGCAGCUGCGAACCAAGGCCAUGAGGGAGAGAGACGAAGUCAGAGCUGCUGCCAAGUUUUAUCGCUACUCUCUGGUCAGAAUAAGACUUCCAGACGGCUUGUUCCUGCAAGCUGCAUUCAGGCCACUGGAAAAGCUGCAGGCAGUUCGAGAGGUGGUGAGCAGUGCUCUGGUAGACGGGAGUCUGACUUUCUCUCUCUCUGCCUUUGGACAGCCGUUGAAGAAUGACUCGGAAACUCUCGCUGCCCUCUCACUGGUUCCGUCUGCGGUACUGAACCUGUCAUGGAAUGGAGCCGGGCCCCAGUCUCCGGACUCCCGUACCUGGAUCCCGGACUGCUGCAGAGGAUCCAGAGACUGUGAAACUUGUGAAGUCACCUUACAUAACUUCAUGUCAUCACUGCCACAGUUCAUUCCUCAUUGUGCAAAUUGCAAUUCUGUUGCUUGUUGUUGUUUUUCGUUUGUUGUUGUUGUUCUGGCUAUAUAAUGUGUACGUAGUUGUGUUGUUUCAUAAGCACUAUACUUGCGCCAUGAUUCAUAUCGUUUGCAGGGUUUCUUCAGUAUUGUAAUGCUCGACCUAAGUUAUGCCCAUGAAAGGAAUUCGAAAUGUGCUGGGGAUCGAAUUAAUUAUCGUUGGUUCUAUUAUUAUAGCUGAAUUGUGCAUUUCUGCAGUUGGAAAGUUCGCAUUAAAAAUUUUGUCAGUGAUGCAAAGGUGGUUAGUUUGUUAUAUAGGUGUGUGGUGUGAUAUGAUCAUAUUCUACAUAUAGCACAGGUAUAUGUACAUGCAUGUUGCAUGAUGCAAAAACGGACACGACACAACAAACACGAAAAAAUAUGAAAAUCAAACUAAUGUCCCGCUUGCUUCUUUCUGAGUCGUAGACCGUCUCUAGCAGUUUUAGUUCGCUCGCAUUGUCGCCCUCUCCGUUUGAAUUUGACGGGCUUCCCGGCUCCUCGUGCAGCUGCUCGCUCUCUUGCACCGUCCGGUUCCCGUACCCCGAUAGAGUCAGAUCUGAUUCCAUUCCACGUCCUCCAUCUGUGAGAUUCUGGGGGCUGGCUGGACAGCAAAUACACUCCGUCUGCGGAUGAAUUGCUGUCUUCAGGAUCGAUUUCGCCGACAGGGGUCAACGACAGGACGAUCGCGACUCG